CGGGGGUUGCUUCUCCCGCCGAAUAAUGGAAAUAGGCCCCGCAGCUGACACCUCCUUCCUCCUUUCCUUUUCUCGCUUAUUAUGCUCUCUCCUUAUCUCAUCAACCGCUUCGUCUUUACCCCUGUCCUUUAUCACACGCUCCCCUCUCCUCUGAAUCCCUUCCCUACUUCCUUGCUUUCAGUUUUAAUCUCUCUCUCUCUCUCUCAAAUCAUUGAAGCUUGUUAUUAGUCUUGCUUAUGGGUUCUCUCAUCUCUCUCACUUGAUCACCUCGCACCUUCCUUUUGCUUCUAGGAAGAAUCGGUCUUAAUGCUAUAUGUUAAGCUUUGGUAGAGGCUAACAGCUUUUUUCCCUCUCCCUUAAUGAGAUGAAGAUAUAACUGGUAAAAUAAUCAAUCAAUGGGUGGAAUUUGUUCAAGGAAGAGGGAUCAGCAGGUUAUCGAGAAUGGAGUCAGAACUGGGGUUUCUGGAAGGUAUAGCAAAAGUGGAAGUUCAAAGUGGCUGGGAACCUCACUUCCUCGACAGGUUGCGGACUUCCAGCCAGGAGGCAGCUGCCCAUCCCUCAUGGACUUAUGCAUACACAAAAUACGCGAGGAUGUUGAGAAAUAUAGCUCAUUUGCAGUGCUGCCAAGGGAUAUAACUCAGCAAAUCUUUAAUGACUUGGUAUUUUCGCAUUUUCUUAGUGAUGCUUCUCUUGAAGCAUUCAGAGAUUGUGCUCUUCAGGAUAUCCUUUUGGGUGAAUAUCCUGGAGUGAAGGACACCUGGAUGGAUGUUGUCUCUUCACAGGGAAAAUCUUUACUUUCUGUAGACCUUUCUGAUUCCGAUGUCACAGAUACUGGACUGGGUCUUCUCAAAGAUUGUUCAAACCUCGAAGUGAUGACUCUAAACCAUUGUGAAAAUAUUUCUGACCGUGGGCUGAAACACAUUAGUGGUCUUACCAACUUGACAUCCUUGAGUUUCAAAAAGUGCAAUGUUGUUACUGCUGAAGGGAUGCGUGUCUUUUCCAGUUUAGUUAAAUUAGAAAAGUUGGACUUGGAAAGGUGUUCACGAAUUCAUGGUGGACUUGUUCAUCUUAAAGGAUUAUUCAAGCUGGAGUCUCUUAAUGUUAGAUGUUGCAAGUGUAUUACAGAUUUGGACAUGAAGGCUCUCUCAGGUCUCACUAGCUUGAAGGAGUUGCAAGUUUCCAAUAGCAACAUUACUGAUCUGGGAGUUUCUUAUUUGAGAGGGUUGCAGAAGCUUGUUUUGUUGAACUUAGAAGGAUGUAAUAUUACCACUGGAUGCUUGGAUUCUAUCUCUGCUCUUGUUGCCCUUAUUUGUUUAAAUUUGAACAGAUGUGGUCUAUCUGAUGAGGAGUGGGAUAAAAUUUCUGGACUCAAAAAGUUGAAGGUGUUGAGCUUGGGAUUUAACAAUAUAACAGAUGCAUGUUUGGCGCAUGUAAAAGGCUUAACAAAUUUGGAAAGCUUGAACUUGGAUUCUUGUAAGAUUGGUGAUGAAGGGCUGGCUAAUUUGACAGGCCUUCCACUUAAAAGUUUGGAGUUGUCUGAUACUGAAGUUGGAAGCAAUGGGCUCCGCCAUCUUUCUGGUUUAACUCUUCUGGAGGACUUAAAUUUGUCAUUUACCUUAGUAACUGACAGUGGUUUAAGGAAGCUAUCUGAAUUGACAUCUCUUAGAUCACUGAACUUGGAUGCUCGCCAAAUUACAGAUGCGGGACUUGCAGCUCUUACAAGACUGACAGGAUUGGUACAUCUAGAUCUUUUCGGGGCUCGCAUUUCAGAUGCUGGAACAAAUUGUUUGCUACACUUCAAGAAUCUUGAGUGCCUUGAAAUCUGUGGUGGAGGAUUAACUGAUGCUGGGGUGAAAAAUAUUAAAGAAUUAGCCCACUUGACAGUACUGAAUCUAUCACAAAAUGCCAGCCUAACUGACAAAACCUUGGAGUUGAUUUCUGGAUUGUCAGAACUGGUAUCAUUGAAUGUUUCAAAUUCUCUCAUAACCAAUGAGGGAUUGCAGUAUCUGAAGCCUUUGAAGAAUCUACGCUCAUUAUCUUUGGAGUCUUGCAAGGUGACUGCAUCUGAAAUCAAGAAGCUCCAGUCAACAGCACUUCCCAAUUUGGUAACCUUUCGGCCGGAACAUUAAGAAAGCAAUUGUAGAUAUCCUGUAAAUAUUCUGUCAUCAACCUUCUGUGGCUUCAUGUACAGUUUAAUAAAUUUUUAUUGUAAAAGGAACAUAUGGGUUGCGCACAAGAAUGUGAAUGGUGUGCAGUAGGCCAAUGGUAUAUGUAAAUAUGGCUUGAUGCUGAUGAAUUGUAUAUAGUGGCUGGUGGUCGGUGGUCGGUGCAAACUAAUGUCUAUGCCUUGUAAUAGAACUCCAUUUUUGCAGAGUAUCAAACUCUGCUAGUGGAAUUAAUUAAACCAGAAAUAUGCAUAUGAAUUGUAAUUAUAAGAGUUAUCUUAGUAUUAUUUGUA